UUAGACUCUCAAUACUCAAUAAAAUUGGAUAAUCACUCAUUAACAAUACAACACAACAAUACUCAUUGGGGGUUGCUUCACGCACCCCCUAAUUUGCUUAGAAAGAAUGGCAUGGAUAUUACUCCUCAACUUUCAUUAGACAAAAUUAUGACCUUAUUUUAAAUUGACAGGAAAGUUACCCGUGCUUCUCUCUUCCGUGCAAACAGCCCCACUCCAUUUCUCUCUUCUGUCUUACGGCACCGAACAACUCAAACAUACAAUAAUGGAGACACUAAAUUAAAACAAGAACGAUGGAGCUCCCAUGGCUUUGGUGAAUUUCUUCCUUCCCUUUGCGUGUGAAUUUGUAUUUUCUCUGGAAUGGCUAGAUUGGCUAAUGGCUACCAAAACUGAUGAUAAACUUCCAUAGCCUCAGGCCCUCAGUACCUUCGUCCUGCGAUGGAGUGGACCAAACUGUGACAGUGGUAGAGAAGCUAGGAGCUCCGCCUUCUUCGUUUCUACGCCGCCUAGGGUUUCGAAUUGCAGACCAAAUAGUUUCUCCUUCUCCCAAUUUCUCCUUCUCCCAAUUCCGGCGGGUAACUAAUUCAACAAAUCAGAUCUGGAGGGCGGCGGCUCCGAUGGCUUGGGCUACCAUUGGGGUUACAGGGGCUGGUGUGGGUGGGUGUGCAUCGACGGGUGGACUGGCAGUGAUAAACCGGUGGGGGCUGGUUGGUAAUGAUGGGUCUGAUGGGUAGGGGCGGGACAGGGGCGGCAAUGUCCAAGGCAUGGGCGGCGGCGGAACGGCGAUUGCGGCGGCCGGAGUGUAUGCCUCUGCGGCAGUCGGAGUGCGUGCGAUUGUGGCGGCCGAAGUAGUGGUGUUGCUAGGAUGGGAGAUGAGUUGCUGCUUUGAAUCUAAAUGUGACUGUAGCUGCACCUCACACGGUUGGGACUGCUGAUAGGAUGGCCGCGGUGUCGUUUGCGGCGGUGGGUGGUGGUGUCACUAAAGAAUUGUCACUAUGACGGUGUCACUAUGACAGUGACAGCAGUGACACGAGCGGUGGCUACAGGGACACAUGAGGUGGCUACAGUGACACGGACGACGACUACAGUGACACGGGCGGCUGCUACAGUGACACGGGCGGUGGCUACAGUGACACGGGUGGCGGCUACAGUGACACGGGUGGUGGGAACAGUGACCCGACCGACGGUGGCGACAAGAAAUCAUAACUUGUUGCAAUAAGAGAUGGUUUUACUGGAGCGAUAAUAAUUGAGACGAAGUCACUAGAGCGAUAAUAACUGAGACGAUGUCACUAGAGCGAUAGUAAUUGAAAUUGGACGGGUCAUGUUAUUGUAACUGAAAGAGUUAUAUAAUUGUAAAUGGUCGGGUAACUAUAACUAGAGCGAUAGUAAUUGGAACGGUGGUCACUGGAGUGGUAGUAACUGGGACAAAUUAAAAAAAAUGGUGAAAUAAUUUUAAGAUUUAAGACUUUAUAUUUCC